AUGACCUCCAUUAAAUCAUUAGACGAUUUAUCACUUGGUCAGUUAUUUAGUUUAGGCCAAUCUAUCUUGAAUGAACUAGAAGAUACAACUUUAUCUAGUAUUGAUCCAGAAUAUCAAGCCAAAGUCAAAGAGGGGCUUCAAUAUUUAUUACGUGCAGAUGAUUUAAUUUCAAAACUUCAUCUCUUUAGUGACAAUGAAAUCUUGGAGGAUAUCAACACGAACGAUUUAAAGUUCUUACUUACAUCAGCUUAUCUUGGAGAAUUGAACCUUAAAUUAGCAGGGCCAAAUACUAAUCGAAGAGUCAUUCUUGAAACAUCAAAGGAAUACAUUCAUCGGUUUUUAAGUACUUGUCAAGAUCAUGCAUUAAUACAAACAAAAGAGGAUGUUACACUUUUGGAACAAUUGGCAAACAACAUGAAGGGACGUCCUUCUUUGAAUCCUCAACAACAACGUGAACAAAAGAUUGCUCGAUUUAAACGUGAAAAGGCAGUGAAAGAACAAAUUCGAAAUCUACGUCAACAACUAGACGAAACAGAUAAAAAUAAUGAAGAUCGUGAUGUGGACGAUGUUGAACGAGAAUGGGUACAAGCGUUAAUUGAGUUAGAAAUCAUGAAAGUGUUAGAAAGCUGGCAUGGAAUAGAGCAAGAGCUUGUGAUGGUAAAAGAAAUGGAAAUGAUGCAACAAAUGCAAGAAAGAUCAGGAAAGAAAUUAGAGAAUGUACAACAACAACAACAACAGCAACCUAUAUCACGACAGUGGGGUAAAGAUAAACCCAUAUUAAGUAAAGAAGGAAGACCUCUUCAACCUUUUGUGAUUAUGAAUAAACGAGAACAGUUAAGAAGUCAAGUCUUUGGUUACUCGCAUAAUUUACCUACAAUGACUAUUGACGAAUAUCUUGAACAAGAAAGACAAAGAGGAAAUAUAAUUGAAGGAGGUGGAGAACCUCCUGAAAAGGAGCCCAUCAAUGAUAAUGACUAUGAAGCGCUAGAUGCAGAAACAAUGAAAAAGAGAGAAUGGGAUGAAUUUGUUGAAGCAAAUCCAAGAGGUGCAGGCAAUAGAAUGAAUAAAGGUUAA